UCAGUCACGGGUUGGUGGGUUUGGGUCACGUGGGUGCGCUUCGCCUUUUCCUCACGGCUGGGGACCCGCGGGGUGGCUAGUUUCCGGAGCUGUGGGUCUGAGAUGACGGAACGCGGCGCCUCUCCGGAGGACCCCUGGGUCAAGGUGGAGUAUGCCUACAGCGACAACAGCCUGGACCCGGGGCUUUUUGUAGAAAGCACCCGCAAGGGGAGUGUAGUGUCCAGAGCUAAUAGCAUCGGUUCCACCAGUGCCUCUUCUGUCCCCAACACAGAUGAUGAGGACAGUGAUUACCACCAGGAGUCCUACAAGGAGUCCUACAAGGACCGGCGGCGGCGAGCACACACUCAGGCUGAACAGAAGAGGAGGGACGCCAUCAAGAGAGGCUAUGACGACCUUCAGACCAUCGUCCCCACCUGCCAGCAGCAGGACUUCUCCAUUGGCUCCCAAAAGCUCAGCAAAGCCAUCGUUCUACAGAAAACCAUUGACUACAUCCAGUUUUUGCACAAGGAGAAGAAGAAGCAGGAGGAGGAGGUGUCCACUCUACGCAAGGACGUCAUGGCCCUAAAGAUCAUGAAAGUGAACUAUGAGCAGAUUGUGAAGGCCCACCAGGACAACCCCCACGAAGGGGAGGACCAAGUCUCCGACCAGGUGAAAUUCAACGUGUUUCAAGGCAUCAUGGACUCCCUGUUCCAGUCCUUCAAUGCCUCCAUCUCCAUGGCCAGCUUUCAAGAGCUGUCGGCCUGUGUGUUCAGCUGGAUUGAGGAGCACUGUAAGCCUCAGACCCUACGGGAGAUCGUGAUCAGUGUCCUGCACCAGCUGAAGAACCAGCUUUACUGACUGGCUCUUGGAACCUGUAGAACAGCCAACGAGAGGCCUUGAGUCUCCUGCUCGGCCAGAGCCGGUCGUACAGCAGUCAGGUGGUUUUUCCUUGGUGUUUGGCCCCCUCAUCCUCAGUGGGGCUGGGGAAUUUGUUUUGUGAAAGCUUCUGAUUAAUUUAUUAUAUUGACCAUAGAGCUCGAACCUACCCAGUCUUCCCCCCUGCCCCACAGAAGUCCUUGGGAUGGGUGUAAGGAGUAAAAAGAAACACUCCGAGCGCCAUGAAGGGUGGAAGGGCUCCUCGUGCCUAGGCUAGAGCUGCCUGUCAGCCCAAGGUGAAGCCAGGGCUUUCUGGGCAGCUCAGGGCAGGGCUGCCAGGUUCCUGCCCUCGCCUCCUACUCUAUCACCUCUCGCUCCUCCCCCACUCUGGGCAGUACACUGAAACAGCCUGUCCGCCUACUCUUGCCCUCUCUGUCCCCACAGGCAGGAGCAUUGCACAACAAUCAAGAAUGGCACAGCACCACAUACUAAAGCUUUUAUUUUUCUAAAUACCAACAAUGCAGUUUUGCUAAAGUUACAAUUUUAGAAAAUUAACAGGGCCUCAAAACCACUCCCAGUCUUUCUGUCAAAUGUAUCUGUUGCCACCACCUGAGUGCUGCCUACAUUUCUCCCAGGACUUGGGGGAGAGUGAAAGGGUGAAGGCCGCCUGGGAUCUAGACCCCAGGAGAGUCCGGGAUAUGGCCCUGGGCACCUCGAAUGCUGUGUAUAGUAGCCUCUCUACCCCUGUCCCCCAGGCUCCCUUUUGCCUUCCUCAGGUUUGAUAUGUGGAAGGUUUGAUUAUCCAGAGGAAAUUAAAUAUUUUUAUAUCAAAUUAUGUUACAAUAAAUAUUGGCAAAUGCUUGCGUUUA